GAGGGACACACACACAAUGGUGAAGUGGGGAAGAAGAAUUGGAUGACAUGCAAUGAGGGACAGAGGGAGGGAUUGGAUUACCAUAGAAACUGCCCUGACGUUCAGAGAAGCAGCAGAAAAAGGAGAACGCCGAAGUGGUUCAACUGUCAAACUCUCUGAUAGCCUAAACUGCUGCACUGAUUACAACUGCUGUUUGCUUAAAUAACCAGGGGAAGGUGUCGUUUGAAGCCGUUCACAUAUGCUGUAGCUGCACUGAGAAGGCUUUUGGAUGUUUUUGUGUGUUCUUGUGAGUAUUCUGAUGGGAGACUGGACCAAUAUGGAGUAAAAGUCAUCCCUGGCAGGUAAACAUCCAUUCAUGGAUUCAACCAUCUAAAGUCAAGAUCCCAGAAAGAUACAAGGAUGACAGAGAAGAAGGCCUCUACUAAAACCACAAAAACUCCAGCAUCCUUGAGCUUCUCUCUCACAUGAAAUUCACAUAAUCCAUCACAAUGUCAUCUAGAGGUGGAGUUCCUACAGACAUCAGUGUGGAAACACUCAAUGUCAUCCCCAGCUCCUUCUCACCUUCUUUCUCUCCUUCCUACCCCACUCCAACUCCACCUUGCAGCAUAGAUGAGUCCUACAAGUACAUUUUCCUCCCCAUUUGUUACUCUUUCACAUUUAUUUUUAGCAUUUCCCUUAACUCUGUGGUCCUCUACCGUUCCUUCCGCUGGACCAAGCGCUGGAAUGCCUCUUUGAUAUAUAUGGUGAACUUGGCUUCUACUGACUUCAUGUACGGCCUGUCUCUGCCAUUUCUUGUGGCUAGUUACAUUAUGCAGGACCGCUGGGUGUUUGGGGACUUUAUGUGCCGCCUUGUCCGCUUCCUUUUUUACUUUAAUCUCUACUGCUCAAUCUUCUUCCUCACUUGCAUCUCUGUCCACAGAUACCUUGGCAUCUGCCACCCUAUGAAAGUGAUCACACUGGAGACCAAGAAGGCUGUCAAAUGCACUUGUGUGCUAGUUUGGAUUGUAGUAUUUGCUUUGACCUGCCCUAUCUUCCGAUUUGCUCAGACUGGUCAUGUUACAAGACUGGCAAGGGUUGGGAGCAAUGCAAGCGAAAAUAUUACCAACCCAAGCGACAACAUAUCAUCAAUAAAUAAUAAUGUCAGUGAUGUUAACUUGGAAGAAGUUGCUGAGAAGUACCAAAACUGCUGGGACGAUGCCAUAGACAAGGAGUUUCCUGAUUAUGUACCCUAUGGCAUCACACUCCAUUUGCUGGGCUUUUUUGUGCCAUUUUCCAUAAUUGCUUGGUGUUACUCACAUGUAGUUCUGACCAUAUUUAGGACUCUGCAUUCCCACCCCUCACCUGGCAGAGGGCUGAGAAUGGGACAGGAAGUAGAGGGAAGAUACAGUAGCAGUGCUGCAGCAGAUAAAAGAGGAAGAAGAGGAAGCAAUGGAUUGUUGAGGGCAGUGAGAAAAGAUGAAGGGAUUUCCAUUUUUCUUGGUGCUCACUCCCCAUAUGCCAGUCGCAGGCGUAAAUCUAUCAAGACCAUCAUCACUAUCACUCUGCUCUUUGCUCUGUGUUUCUUUCCCUUCCAUGUUACCAGAACCAUCUUUCUCCUACUGAAAGUGACCAAGAGAGUCCCUUGUCACACCAUGACCACAGUCUCCAUGUGUUAUAAGAUCACUCGACCUUUAGCUUCAUUCAACGCAUGGCUCAACGCCCUCCUUUACUUCCUCACUAAGGACAAAGGGGGUGGUCACUGCUGCCAAGCAGUGAACACCACUGUCCAACAAAAUGAUGGGCCUCUAUUGCCACUGAGAAUGAUGGGAAAAGGGGAGGGUACAGGGGAGGGAGUGAUGCGAGAUGGGAUUGACAAAACAGAAAUUAAACCAUUCCACAGUCCAUCAUACAUAAACAGAGCAACAGUUAGAUGUAUAGAUGAAUGAAACAUCGCAGGACAAAGAUUGGUCUUGCACCUUUUUUCAACAUAGGUCACAUCCUUAAUCCUCCAGCUAUUCUUCAAGCAGCAUGGAUGACUUCACCACCACUCUGAAAAUUGUCCUCGAGCAACAGCACACUGGCUCAACUCUUCAACAUGAAUGCAAUGUUGCAAUCUGUCAUGUCAUUGUUUUAAAUCUAUUUAUAGGGUGCAUUUAAAAUAUUUUACAGAUUUGAAGUGCUUUGCUGUAUUCUCCGAUUUCCCUUUAAAUCUGGGGUAUUCUUGAAAUAAAUGAAAGGUAGAACUGGUUACACCUAAAAUGCCAGUUGUUAAAGAGUGAAGUGAAACUUAAUGACCAAUUCAAACUGUAAUAUCGCUGUAUACUUUGAGUCUCUCUCCAUGAGAGCAUUCAUAAUUUUGCACUUUCAUUGUACACAAAAUAAGUAACUGAGCUAGAUGUGUGAAGGAUUCAAAAAUGGAGAUGUUUAAACCCUGCAUACUUCCACACUUUGUCAAACUGUUUUGAUUUUUAUAAAGUGGGUGUAUAGGUCAUCUUAUCAUCAAAAAGCAAUCAGAAAGGUGUUCAGGCUAUUGGACAAAUCAUUUGAACACUGUAAUUACCUAAUAAUUGAACCUUUUACUCAACAACUAUUUUAAACACACCCAUCUUCAAUAUGUAGAAAUGGAAAAUUAGACAUUUGAUUUGAACAAGCAGUAAAUCCCUUCAAAUUGUUGGGAUCUACUGACCACUCAGCUAAAGACCACGCCUUUAAAAGAAGCCCUGACCUGAAAAGUGCGGUUCAAAAGUGCUCCAACACUAAACAACACUGGUUUCAUUAUUUUACUGUGUUUUGAUUUAUUUAUUUUUUUGCUACUGCUGUGUCACUUUCUUAUUCUGCUCUUAUUUUACUGCUGUGCACUUUUAAAUGUGCCUGUUCUGAAGAAGUUGACUACUUAGCCUCCAGUAUUCCUGCAUGCAAUAUGCAGUGCCUAUUACAAGUAUUUAGGCCCCUCGGAAGUUUUCCCUUUUUGCUGCUUUGAAAAAGUGUAUAAUGGUGAAUUUAAUUUGUGUGAGUAUAUCCCAUAGAUGGAGAUCAUUUAACUGCACUGAAUGUGUUUCAAGUGAUUGUAGUAUAAAAACACCUGUAUCUGGAAGGUCCAGUCACUGGUGAAUCAGCACUCCUGAUUAUACCUACCACAUGGUGACAAAAGAACACUUAAAGCAACUCACUGAAAAGGUUACAGAAAAGUAUGAGUCUGGAAUUAAAUCCAAAUAAUUUUGAAGUCACUGAAUACCCCAUGGAGUACACUUAAAGCAAUCAUUAAGAAAUUUAAGGAGCUGGGCAUAUGUGUAAAUCUACCUAGAGCAGAUGGUUGUCAACAACUGAGUGACCAUGCAAGAAAGAGAGGGAGGGAGGCUAGUAGCCACUUCUUUACCAGUCAAGGAUUAAUGGGAGAGAAAACUACUGUUGAAAAAAGCCUAUAUUAAAUCUUGAGUAGAGUUGAUCAGAAGUCAUGUGACAGAUUCUAUAAGCAUCUGGAGGAGGGUUCUUUGGUCUUGACACCAAACACCUCCCAAGGGGGGUGGCUACUCUUACUAGGCACUGUAAAUUACCAACUGCUCAUCCAAUCUACUUUACAUUUGACACUGAUUGCACUGGAUUUUCAAAACAAUAUCAUUAAAACUGUAAUUAAUUGAUGCCGUGUCAGAUAUGAUUCCAGUGUUAGGAGACAGAGUAAACUCUAACCUUCUCUCUUCAUGGUAUACUGUAGUAGGGCUGCAGCAUUUUUUCAUCAUUGCAGACAAGUAUUUUUUUCUAAAUUUCUAAUGUCUAAUUUAUUGAUCAUUUAUUGUAAUGAUAUUCUUUUAUUACUUGAUUAAUAUAACAAUUAGGUUGCCCAAAAUAAAUAUCAAAACCUGCCUAUUUAAAAUGUUAAAAUUUUAUUCUAUUUUCUAAUCAUCAUUAUCUAACUUCUACAACUCUGGGUGUUUAUAAGUAAGAUACGUGGCACAUGCAAAUAAAUGUUGACUGGACUUAAACUAAAAUGUAAAACAAAUUUGAAAUUUCCUGGAAUUAUCAGAAGUCACAUUUUUCUCAUUUUGGUGGCACUAACUACCUAGUCCACUUGAAGCCCCUGACAUCACGAGAGCACAAACACUCCUUUAACCUUCUGAUCUAUUCCAAAAGAAUUGAAAGUACUCUCAUUCCAGAAACUUUUCCUUCUUUGGUGUUUAGAUUGGAAAAAGUCUUCCCAGUGACAUUUGGAAAGUAUCCCAAACCCCAAAAGUUAUCCUUAAAUAAAAUGUAUAACCAACUGCAACCUAUUCAGCAGGUUCACAACAUGUCUUGACUGUGCAAUUAUCAUUUUUAGUCCUAACUGGUUUCUUUAUUUUAUUGUUUUAAUGUGGUCAUUUUUGUUGUUAUUUCGCUGUCACAUUCUACAUGUUUUAAUUGUAUUUUAAUGAUCCACUAAUGCAGGUAAAAUGUGAAAUUGCUUAUGCUAACAUGGGUUUUUGUGAAUACAAAUGUCAAUGUGGUAAUGUAUUACAAUAAACGUUGACUGGACUAAAAAAGUCA